UGUCUCACGGCAUUCUGCGCCGUGCAAUUCUGCUCACAUGCAACACCUAGGAGCGCUGAAAAGCGACUGCGGAAAAUUGACACCGUCUGAUACUGGCACCCAUCAUGAUGCUUUAUGGCGUUGACUCCCGCCAGAGUUGGGUGGUUGCGGCUUUCUCCAGCUGGUUCCUGUUUAUGGUGUGCAUUGGGCAGCGUGUGUUCAGCAUCAUCUACGUCGGCAUAUUGGAGGCAUUCCAUGUCACUAGACAGGAGGCUUCUUGGCCAAUGAGCACCAUAGACCUUCUUGCUAGCCUCUCGAAUCCAGUUUUCGGCUACUUGUGUUCCCGUUUUUCCUGCCGAGCGGUGCUUCUGUGGUGUGGACUUGCCGGCCCACUUGGAAUUAUCCUGUGCUAUUUUGCUGCUAAUGUCACCUUCAUCGCUGUCUCCUACGGAAUACUUAAUGGUGUCAGCAUUUCUGGAACGCUGACGGCACUCACGGUUGUUCUGGCCCAACAUUUCGACAAGCGGCGAGCCACCGCCUACAGCGUUGUCUUCACCAUCUCCGCCUUGAACACGUUCGUGCUUCCCCCACUCGUGGAGCUGUUCCUCUCCACAUACGGACUGCACGGGACUUUCCUCGUGCUGGGCGCCAUUUGCCUGAACGCCUUUCCGGCAGCAAUCGCUAUAGCCAGCCCGCCAGAAACACGAGGCGCUUCACCCGAAGAGCUUGUCACUCUCCGCGAUGACUGCAAGCAGAGAACUGCAGCGGAAAAGAGCCUCUCGAAAGAAGCGCUGAAAAACUUUGCCACCCUACGCUUCUGGGUGGAUUCCCUGUCCUUCUGCGUGAUGUAUCUGGCCCUGUCUCUGUACCUGACCCUGGCCGUUGAUCUGGCCAAAGACAAAGGUGUGGACAUGACUAGCGCUGUCUUUCUCCUGCAUGCCUUCAGUGUCGGCGACGUGGUCUUCCGUGGCGUCUCCGGAUUCGUGCUCGACUCCGGCGCGCUCACCUCAGACGGCGCCAUGCUGCUAGGCUUCGUGCUCCAGACUUCCGCACUCGAACUUCUGGCGUGCAGCGCCAAUUUGCCGAUGCUACUCAUUGGCUCACUCAUCCUGGGCUGCGGCAACGGACUGCGCAUGCCAAUCGCCGGCGUCGUCCUCAUCGGUGAUUUUGGGCUCAAGCUGCUCCCUCUGGUGUUCGGCGGCUUCGCACUGGUGUGCGGUCUCAACGUGUGGGUCCGCGCACCUCUUAUCGGAUGCUUCAGAGACAAGCACGGCACGUACGAUGGUGUUCUCCACGUCGUGGGAGCCUCCUCUUUCGCUUUCGUCAUUGUCUGGUCAGCGCGGAUCUACCUGCAGCGGGCCAGGUCGAACCGCCAGAGGACACAAUAAACUGCCUUUGCGAAGUA